GUUUUUUUUUUCUCUGUUUUUAUGCAAAGUGAAUAUGUCAAAGACCGUGGUGAUGUGCAGUUAGUGUUAAGUUAAAAGCAAUUACAAUUGCGAAUUACAAGUGCGAGUAUCGAUGAAUCGUUAUGAAUUAUUAAUAAUCAGAUGGUUAUAGUUGGAAUCACGACAUGGCAUCUCGCAGAUGGUUUCAUCCCAAUAUAUCGGGUUUAGAAGCAGAGCAUUUAUUAAUGGAACGAGGUUAUGAUAGUUCAUUUUUGGCACGUCCAAGUUCAUCUAAUCCUGGUGAUUUUACGUUAUCCGUUAGACGAAAUGGAGAAGUAACUCAUAUUAAAAUACAGAAUACAGGAGACUUUUAUGAUCUCUAUGGUGGUGAAAAAUUUGCAACUCUCUCAGAACUUGUACAGUUUUAUAUGGAAAACGGAGGACAGUUACGUGAAAAAAAUGGAGAAAUUAUUGAACUAAAAUAUCCUUUAAACUGUGCAGAUCCAACAACCGAAAGGUGGUUCCAUGGCCAUUUAUCAGCUAAAGAAGCAGAACGUUUAAUGCUGGAGCGAGGUAAAAAUGGAUCAUUUCUGGUCCGUGAAUCCCAAAGUAAACCUGGUGACUUUGUAUUAUCCGUGCGUACAGACGAUCGUGUUACACAUGUUAUAAUACGAUCUCAGGAUAAUAAAUAUGAUGUUGGUGGAGGUGAUAAAUUUGAUAGUCUGAGUGAUCUGAUAGAACAUUACAAACGUAAUCCAAUGGUCGAAACAAGUGGAAGUGUUGUCCAUUUAAGGCAACCUUUCAACGCUACUCGUAUAAAUGCCAGUGGUAUUAAAAGCAGAGUGAGGCAAUUACAUAAAGAAAAUGGUUGUUCAAAUGGAUGGUUGUGUUGGAAUGGAGCUACAGGUAGUAACGAAGGUGGAGCCGGCCGUGGUAAAGGAAAGGCUGGGUUCUGGGAAGAAUUUGAAUCUCUACAGCAAUUGGAAUGUCGACACUUAUUUUCAAGAAAAGAGGGUCUACGUCCUGAAAACCGUGCAAAGAAUCGAUAUAAAAAUAUCUUACCAUUCGAUCACACAAGAGUGCGCUUGAAAGACGUUGAUCCAAAUAUUCCUGGAGCUGACUAUAUCAAUGCUAAUUACAUUAGGAACGAGGAGGGAGAUGGGCAAACUAGUGGAGACAGUGGAUCGUUUACUAAAUGUUACAUAGCAACGCAAGGUUGCCUCCCAAAUACAAUACCAGAUUUCUGGUAUAUGGUAUACCAAGAAAAUACAAGAGUAAUAGUUAUGACCACCAAAGAAAUGGAGAGGGGAAAGAAUAAAUGCGCUCGUUAUUGGCCAGAAGAGGGUGAAGUUGCAGAAUAUGGUGGCGAAUGGAAAGUUCGUGCUUUGUCCCGUACUUCAACGGCAGAUUACACAUUACGGGAAUUUUUGUUACAUGGAAACAAGCCAUGUUUCACAGAAUCCAGAAGGAUUUAUCACUAUCACUUUCAAGCAUGGCCCGACCACGGUGUUCCAUCAGAUCCUGGAUGUGUAUUAAAUUUUCUUCACGAUGUUAACGCAAGACAAGAAUCAAUUGCUGGUUCUCUUGCUUCGGGUGGUCAAAAUGUAUCUAGUAUAGGACCAAUUCUUGUACAUUGUAGUGCUGGAAUUGGUAGGACUGGAACAUUUAUUGUUAUUGAUAUGAUUCUUGACCAAAUCAAGCGGCAUGGGCUAGAUUGUGAAAUUGAUAUUCAAAGGACAAUUCAAAGAGUCCGUUCUCAGAGAUCGGGAAUGGUUCAAACUGAAGCACAAUAUAAGUUUGUUUAUCUUGCUGUGUUACACUAUAUUGAAACUGUAUCACAACGAAUGCAAGCAGAACAGAUAUCUCUUCAUCUAGGAAGAGAAUAUACUAAUAUACGCUACAAAAGUGAAACAAAUGCUACUACAAAUAUGGGCGAUAUACCGGUUCCUACAUGUACUGCAACAACUCUUCCAACGUCAGCACACUUUACAUUACCCACUCCUAUUAAUAGUUUGAGGCCAAAGUAACUAUCGUUAACAUCAUUAAUGAUCGAGAUUUUUCAAAAGCAAUGAAGAGGCUUCGUUACUCUUAUCACAUGUGGUUUUCGACUUUGAUAUUAUUUCUAUAAUGUGCUUUAUUUGUAAAAAUUUAAUUUUCAUUUUACUGAAUUGUUUUUAAUAUUUUUCAAGAUAUGUAUAAUUGUAAUGUAUUUAUACACAAUGCAUGGUCUUAAUGUCUAAACUGUGAAUAUACUUACUGAGCUGCAUUAUUCAUACAAACGUAAAAGAUUAUAUAAUUCCAAUAUUUCACGAUAUAAUAUUUAAAAGUAAUCAGGCACAUUCUACAAAUUGUAUUAUAGAAAAAUGAAAAAUAUUUUUAUUGCAAUUUAAUCGCAGUGCUAAAUAAUAUAAAACAUUCUCGAAUGCAAAAAUCUUAGUAAUAAUUAUGACAAAUAUAAGAGAGAUAUAUAAUUGCUUUCAUAUCAUUAUUUCGCUAUCUAUUAGAACUGUAUGAGAUCUCGAAACGCAUAACAGGACAAUUCUAAAUAUUCGAAACAAGAUAAUUGUAAAUAUUCAAGAUAGGACAAACCUAAUUGUCUGGUAGGAUCUGAUUUCUUUCGAGAAUUCCCAAUGUAAGCUUCCAAACUUCUCGGUUUUUGAGAUGCUUGGAAGAAACGAAGUCUUGAUUUGUAUUUGGGUUUCGUUUCGUCUCGAAUAUUAAGGAUAAUAUUUUUUUGUCUUGCUUUCUAGUGGGAUCCCAAACAGAUCUAUUAUCUAUGCUCCAUCGAAUAUUAAUUAGAUAACAGAUUUAUCUCAAUAGUUAUCAUUUUUCAUGCUUACUUCUAAGGAAUAUUGGGAAAGCUUCUUUACUACAUAAAGAUUUUCCUGGAUAUACAACGAAUUUCCAGAAUUAUUCUAGGUUUCAGGUGUAAUAUUAUAUAUUGUGCCUCAAAAUAUAUUGAUAUUUGCUUUUAUUGUGAUUAACUGUACAAAUUUGUUUAGUAAUAUUUAGGACUGACUUUUAUAUAGAAUUUUUCUUUUAAUAUUUUUUUUUCUUCAAGGAUGUGAAACAUUUGUUAUUUUUAAAUUUUAAUAUGUUAAAGGCAGAAUGUACAAGGGUGAGAUACAUACAAUUUUACACAUUAUUAAGUCUACAUGGACGAUUUUUGUAUCGCAAUUAAUGUUUGUUACUUUUUAGUAAUUGUAAUUAAUUAAAGCAUUAAUAUUAAUAUCGGAGUUCGUUCAAUCGGUUGUAAAAAAUAUGUUAUAUUGAACAAUGAAAUUAAGAAGGUCAGAACCAACAGACAUGAAAAUUAAAGUUUAAGUCUAUAUGUACAAACGUUUACAGUUUCUUAAUAUUUUUCAUUUAUUUUUGUACAAAUUGGAAAUAAUUUUUUACCACUAUUUGGUUGUAAAAUCAAUUGUCACAAACUGCGCAACAUUUACAUUAGUAAAAUAUAUCUGAAAAAUACUAAUAACCGAAUGUUUGAAAUAAUGUGUAAGAUUGGGGUACAGUUCAUGUUUCAUUUGUUUAUAUGAACAUAAAAUAAAAAAUCAGAUGUAAGUGAUACUGUAGCGAAUGUGAAAAUUAUAUACAUGAAUAUCAUUAUCGUUUAAUUUAUAUGUACGCGAUUGGUGAUUAUAACAAAACUUUGAUCAUAAAAUAUACAUCUGAGUGGGUUCUGCCUUGCAAAUUGAAUCAUAAAUUUAACAUUUUUAAAGAUAUUUUAUUACAUUAUUAUGAAACCAAAUAUU